AUGAGAGUGUUGGUUACCUACCUCAUCACUUUGGAUGAUGUGGUUGAUCUGUACGGUAUUGGCAAUUACUGUCUCUUUUCGGGGUGCACGUCAACGAAGAAAAUUGUUCCUGGGUCGGCUCAGCGCUGCAACUAUCCCCCCGUCAGCUUCGAAGAUGACUCUGACGAUGAAACAAAACAUGAUAUUGAGAUUAUAUGCAUUCACCUGUCUAACAGAGUACCUCGCAAAGGACUGAAUCAGGCUUCACAUACCAAGACCCUGACAGCCGGGACUGUCACUCAGUUUCUCUUUUUCAUCUCGAGUAGGAAUGCCAAUUUUAGCCUGAUGAAAAUAUUCCAUGUUAAUGAACUGAUUACUGGCAGGAACGUGAUCUGCCCGGACGCCGAUACAAACUCAGAAACGAGCCGCGAACAUCCACUGAGUCUUCACGAAUCGAUUCCCCGAAAAGAUAACCCACGAUUAAACCACAAGCGCGUUAUCCUCGACGAAAAACUUACGAACCUACCCGACAUAGCACCAGCCAGCGAAGCCAAAGGUCAAAAUCAACAAGACAAGAUCACGAAUCCGAACAAGAACUCUACAUAA